AAACCCACAUGUUUAAACAGUGUCCAUGCUUCAACAAGCUGUACCGCUCGCUAGCAUUGUAAGUUAACUAGCUAGCUUAAUAAGUUAGCAACGCUGCAUGGCUACAAAAUAAUUACAAUUACAAUAUUGCUAGAGAAAGCCUGUUCUCUGUCAGAUAUUACUCUCAGCAUUAUAAACCCAUGUGUAUAUUUGUUUUUGGCUGUGUUGUAAGUAGCUACAUUGGUUAGCUAGCUAUCCUAGGUUAGAUAUCUAAUUUGUAUUUAAAAAAAGGAAUAUGUCUGUGUUUAUGGAUUUAAACAUCACCGCUGGCACUGACAAGGCAAAGUUCCAGAGCACUAUUGAGACCGCCGCUCACCUUGGCUACUCCACAGUUGCAAUAAAUUAUGUAGUGGAGGGGCAAAAGAAGAAACAGCUAAUUCCGACUCCGCAACCCUUAGCAGAGCUCUUUGAGACGUUUCCAACAGUACAGGGAAAAUCCAGACCUAUUAAAGUGCUGAACCGAUUGACAGUUGUGGCCACAGAUGCCUCUCACUUUAGGCCUACUAAUGAAUACAAGAAUUUUGACCUUUUGGCCGUUCAUCCCAAAACAGACAAACUCUUCCAUGCAGCCUGCAUGAACUAUGAUGUGGAUAUUAUCUGCAUAUCAGCCACUGAACCACAGUCCUUCCAUUUCAAGAGGUCACCGGUAAACGGGGCUAUUGAAAGGGGAGUGUUCUUCGAGAUAAGCUACUCAGCAGGCAUUAGAGACCCCACCAUGAAGAAGUACACCAUCACAAAUGCCGUCAAUCUAAUAUCUGUGUGCAAGGGAAAGAAUGUCAUUGUGGCCAGUGGGGCAGAAGCGCCUCUUAACUUGCGUGGUCCAUAUGACAUUGCCAAUCUAGGGCUGAUAUUCGGCCUUUCUGAGGGGGAUUCAAAAGCAGCGGUCUCAACUAACUGCAGAUCUGUUGUUCUGCAUGGAGAGACCAGGGGAACAGCGUUGGGCAUCAUCCACACCAUGAAGAGACCAAAGCUGCCAACUGAGCAGCCAGAGGAAGAAAUUCCAGCUGCCAAAAAAGCCAAAACUGAUGAUGGCUCUUUAAUUGUGUAACCAAUGGAGAGCAGAGUUGCAUUUUUUUAUUAUUUAACUAUUUCUUGAUUUUUUUUUUUGUGAAUAUACUGAAGCUCAUAUUAUUGAAGAUUUGCGUUCGUAUCAGUACUUUAUUAAAAGAACGCAGCAAAGAAAAUAGUUUUUAUUUAGAAACAAAAUAUGACAAAAUUGCAAGCAACAGAGAGAAUCUGAAAAUGACAAACAAAACUAUAAAUAAAUAAUGGAAGAAACAAUACAA